CUCCGAGCCGUUUCCCGCCCCUUCCCGCCUUUGAUUUGUUUUUGUGUCGGGCUAUCUGACUGCUUCAAUUUUUUUUCCCUUACUUUUUGUUCUGCAGCCUGGUUCCCUCUCGGAUUCCCCUGACUUCUCGUGCGCCUGUCAGCGAUAACCUGACUCGACAAAGUCCAUGGCUGUGGAAUCCGAGAGGUCGCCCUGCCCUGACGGGACAGCUGGUGGACCCAAAGGUGCCCAAGAUGAUGUGCCUACAUCUCUUACCCGAAGAUCCGUCAGCGAGAAUGACAUGAGGGAACUGCCACGUUCGAACAUCAAGUCCCAGGUCCCGUUCAUAUCGCAGUUACCCAAGCCCUCGCAUACGGCUCAAGGCGUUUCCGGACCUUCGUCGACCACGAACUCUACUAUAUCCUCCCGCGAACCUUCACCUUCCUCCUCCUCUCAGCGCCUGCGUAAUUCCACCUCUACUUCGAAUUCUCGUGUAUCGUCCCGAUCUCGAAAGCGAGCGCUUGAUCGCAGCCCAGACCGAUCUGCUACAACAAGUCCGAACCCUGGCCCGGGAAAACUCCCCUCCCAGACCAUCAAACCUCUUGUCCUUAGUCCUCCCACAAAUGUCGAGCCGUCCUCCGAUCCGCCUAGUCCGGACAAGUCCAGUAUGCCGUUGUGGGCCGGUUCCCGGCGGUCGGAGCAGGAGCCUCAUCUGCCGAAUACAUCUAGCAAGCGGACUCAGGUUUCAGGUGAUGAAUUUGCUGCCAAAUCAGAGAGGAGCGCGCCUCGUUCCGUAAAUAGAGGGUCAGGCACUGCUCUUGAAACAGUUCAGGAGGCUAGCGAUCAAUCUACACCUUCAACCGACACUAUACUUCUUCAGCCCGCCCAGGAAGAUGCUAAGCUGGAAAAAAUCGACGAAGACGCGACCCCGAAAGCCUCAAGAAUUCAUACAGAAAGCGGCAGCGACAGCGGGGGAAAUAAAAGUUCAGAGCAAAUGGAAGAAAACCGUCGGCGUCCGCCGUUUGCGUCAAAGGGCCCCAACACCAUCCUCCCAAAACGGUCUACGACAUCACUGAGCGGCGGUUCUCGUUCCAAGCCUGCAGACGGCUCUGUUCGAAAUAUGAUCGUCGAAACGGAGACUGUGAGUUCUAUACCUCAAGUUGGCCUGGGCGUAAACACCGGCGAACGAGGCGGCCCCAGUAGGGUAGACGCGGGAACUUUGCGGAUGAAACCCAGCACCGAAACCAUCCGGCCCAAAAAAGAAAAAAGACGCUCUCGCAAGCCGGCUGCCCUUACGAGUGGGGCUGCGUCUUCCAAGGCCGAUAUAUUCGAAGCCAAGGUAGCCAGCGCUGUUGAUGAAGCCGACGUUUCAGACUCGGAUGAGACUUUUGUUUAUGAGUCCAAUCCACAAGACCAAUACCCGGUCCGCCAGAGCAGGUACCAUUCUAGAACACCAAGUGCAACGUCAAUGGCAAGUCAGGUGGAUCAGCUGGCUGGCCGUAGUCGCGCAGCGAUCAGGGAAGGUAAUCACAGUGUUACAGGCAAGCGCAGCAUGAAAUUCACAAACAACACGUAUACAAGCAGUGUGGACGGGGAUGUCGACGAAGUUCCGCGUUCUCACUCGAGGAUUGAUGGCAAUGGUACGCACACUCCCCGGCACCACAUUGGGCGUCACGGGCGACAAAACAUGUACCCGUCCUUGUUUGACAACGAGUCGCCGUUCCCUCAAUCACAGGGACACAAAUCUACUCGACAUUUUGUUGGGAGUAGUUAUAGACAAGCUAGGUCGGGUGGAUCUCGCAACAACCCAAAUUACCGCACCAUCAAUAGUUAUAAAAAAGCGGGUGAAGUGUACGGCUACGAUUUUGAUGCUGAAGGCGCAGAUGAUGAGAGGACUCCGCUUGUUGGGUCUCCGCGUCAGACUCGCAGCCGUGGGGGAAGACGUCCUAAUAGCGCCAGUCUACGACAGAUGGAAUACAUGCAACAACGGCAUCGCAGCUGUGUCUCUCGAUACGGAGCUUGUUUUCUAAUAAGCUUGUUAUUCGUCUUGCUUGUCGGAGGUGGAACGUCAUUUAUCGUCGCAAUCACUAAGCCUCUACUGGACGUCCAGGUCGUUGACAUUCAGAACGUGCUUGCUUCCGAGCAGGAGCUCAUGCUAGAUCUCAACGUUCAAGCGAUUAACCCCAAUCUGUUUCCCGUCGUUAUUGACGACAUCAAUGUUGACAUAUUUGCUAAAAGCCGUUAUGUCGGGACUGACCAAUUCUGGCGCGAGGAUGCCCCGAGCCUUGCAAGACUUGCGCGAGUGGAACGCAAAAAGCGUGCUGAUGUUACUCACACGACUCACUGCACCGAUGGCCUGGAUUGCGAAAGCAACGGCUUAGUAGGUCAGGUGGGACGUUGGAAACCUAAAGGGGGUGUGGACAAGGGUACUGAUCCAAUCCCGUCUGACCCGGCCGGCGACCACCAAACCAUGCUAAUUGGGCGCGUUUUCCGACUCGAUUCGACUCUGACUUUCGAAGCGUCACCGUGGCACUACGAACCAUCUACUUCAAAAGGUCAGAUCCGCCUCUCCAGGCCCGGGAAUUCCACGGAAAAGGGCGGCACCGAGCGUUGGGAGCGUGUGUUGCAGCACCCAUUCGAGCUUAUCGUUGCUGGAGCCGUCCAAUAUCAAUUGCCCCUCAGCUCUCGCUUUCACUCAUCAUCCAUCAGCUCCAGUAUAAGGGUGACCCCUGAUGGCGACGAUGACAGCGAUGGCGAGAAACAAGAUUCAAACGAAGGCGAGACCGUCAGUAUUGCGGUGAGCGGUGAAAGCCUUCCUAAUACUGCCCUUCCUGGUGGUGAAACCCUCAAGGCCAUACGAGCAUUGACAACGAAGACGCAUCGGGCUUUUGUGGCUUAG